AAUCAUUGCCACAGUACGGAGAUUGCAAUUUUCACUUGAGAACACAGACCACAGAUGCUGGCAUGAUGUAUUUUAUUUUCAUCUGCAUGUUAGUUUGUUUGAAACCGAGUUUUGGAUGCCAUCCUAUCUGUCAGUGCCUGGACAGGAUUUUCAUCUGCCAGGAAAAUGAAGUGGUCCAAAUCCCAAAAGACAUGCCAAACAACUCUACUGAAUUGAGAUUUAUACUCACAAAAAUCACAGUUAUAACGAAAGGAGCCUUCUCGGGAUUUCAAGACCUUGAGAAAAUAGAAAUUUCUCAAAACGACAUGUUGAAAUCAAUUGAAGCUAAUGUGUUCUCAAACAUUCCUCAACUGCAGGAAAUAAGAAUUGAAAAAGCAAACAAUCUUGUAAACAUCGACCGAGAUGCUUUUCAAAACCUCCCAAAACUCAAGUAUUUGUUAAUAUCCAACACAGGGAUUCAUUUUAUUCCUACUGUGUCCAAGAUACAAUCUCUACAAAUUGUGUUACUGGAAAUUCAAGACAAUAUUAAUAUCAAGAAAAUCGAAAAAAACUCAUUUGUCGGACUCAGCACAGAACAUAUUGCAAUACGGCUUAACCAAAAUGGGAUUGAAGAAAUACAAAACCAUGCAUUAAAUGGCACCCAUUUAACCGAACUAAUACUCAGUGGGAACCAAGAAUUGACAAGAUUACCUGAUCUAAUUUUCCAUGGAGCCAGUGGACCAGCUGUAUUAGAUAUUUCAAAAACAAAAAUCAGCGCUCUUCCAAGUUAUGGUUUGGAAAAUAUCAAGAGGCUUAUAGCGAUGUCAGCUUACAAUUUGAAAAAGCUACCUCCGAUGGAAAAAUUCUCAGAACUGAUUGAAGCAGAUUUAACUUACCCAAGCCAUUGUUGUGCUUUUUCAAAUUCAAAGCGACAAAAUUUAGAUUUGCACCCGUUAUGUAACAGCACCUCUAAAUAUCUGAAUGAGAAUUUGAAAUCAAUGGACAAAAGAUCUGCACAAAACGAUUAUAUUUUCAGUGAUGGGACAGAACUAGAACAGAUGGACAACGAAGAAGUCUUAGACUACUUCCAGUGCAAUGACGUUCGAGAAGUCUCUUGCUUUCCACCACCAGAUGCGUUUAAUCCAUGUGAAGAUAUCAUGGGAUACACAACACUCCGAGUGCUAAUAUGGUGUAUCAAUAUUCUGGCUGUCACCGGAAAUGCUGUUGUGCUCAUAAUAUUAACAACAAGUCAAUGUAAAUUUACCGUACCCAGAUUUUUAAUGUGCAACCUUGCUUUUGCAGAUCUGUGCAUGGGCAUUUAUCUCCUGCUCAUUGCUGCUGUGGAUAUUAAAACCAAAAGUCAGUAUUAUAAUUAUGCAAUUGAUUGGCAAACGGGGGCAGGCUGCAAUGCUGCAGGUUUCUUCACAGUGUUUGCAAGUGAACUUUCGAUUUACACACUUACAGUAAUUACCUUGGAGAGAUGGCACACCAUCACGUAUGCAAUGAAACUAGACCGCAAAGUCAGAUUUCGACAUGCCUCAGUGAUAAUGCUGUCUGGCUGGAUAUUCUCAUUCACCGUUGCUUUCCUUCCAAUAAUUGGAGUCAGUAGUUACAUGAAGGUCAGCAUUUGUUUACCAAUGGACAUAGAAACAAUACUUGCUCAAGCUUACAUCAUGUUCUUGUUAGUUAUCAAUGUCUUGGCAUUUGUGGUCAUUUGCACCUGCUAUAUCGGUAUAUAUAUCACUGUGAGGAAUCCCAAUGUCAUUUCUUCAAACAGCGAUACCAAAAUCGCCAAACGUAUGGCAAUUCUGAUUUUUACAGAUUUUGUUUGUAUGGCUCCGAUAUCCUUUUUCGCCAUCUCCGCAUCACUAAAAGUCCCCCUGAUAACAGUAUCCAAUUCCAAGAUUCUUCUGGUUUUGUUUUAUCCAAUUAAUUCUUGUGCCAAUCCUUUUCUCUACGCCAUUUUUACAAAGACAUUCCGUAAAGAUUUUUAUGUGUUGAUGAGUAAACUUGGUUGCUGUGAAAAACAGGCACAGAUAUUUAGGACCGAGACCUCCUCGUCUGCUCACACAGUUCAUUCGAAGAAUGGGCAUUAUGCUGCAGGGUCAAAAAGUAGUACUGGGUCUGUAUAUACAUUGGUGCCUUUAGGUCACUGAAACUAAAGCAGUUAUCAAUAUAUAAAUUGACCUCAGGGUAAAAUAUAUAUUUUAAGAUGGGAUGAUUAAAUUAUUACAAGAUCUAUUCAACAGCUAAUGAUCUGGUGUGAAUAAACAACCAAGUUGUAAAAUGUAAGCCGAAACUGUGUUUUUUUCCCCCCAGACAGCUGUUUUACAUGAACUUACCUCAACUCUUUAUUUAGUGGAUAAAUCCAUUGGUGUGCUGAUUUAAAGAUUUGAGCUCCACAAGGAGUAUAAAGCGUCCACACUGAUUUUUUACUUGAGCGGGUUAUUACCUAAACCUGUAAUAGUGGGGUAUUGACAAUGGAACUUACAAUUGUAUUGUUAACUCUGCACAUUAUCUGUUUUAGUGAUUAAAAGCCAAUCGUUACCACCAUUCUCUGCAAUGUAUCUGAAACUUUUGUAAAACAAAACAAAAAACGACAGCUCCUCGGAAAAAUGGGUUUCAUUUGAGCAGUAUUGUUGCAUCAUGAGGCCAAUAUUUCACAUUUAGUGUUAUUCUGAAGGUUAUAUAAAGCUGUCAAUUAAAUUGUAAGUUAAUUAUAAAAACAAUAAUGGAUUAUUAUACAUGAUGUCAUAGAAUGCUAUGAACCCACAGCAAGUAUCAUGUAGCAAAGAUUUUUAUUAGAACAAGCAGUGAAGCUAUAGGCUAGAUUUGAUUAUCCAAUCAGAACCAAUUCAUUACCAUCUGAA